CCGCCGCGUGUCGCCGCGCUCGGCAUGCCAAACCACCCCCGCAUUCUGCAACCGACUACACACCACGCGCCCCUCAGGUGCCGGCGGCGGCAUGCUGGGCGCGCGGCUCAAGUCAUGGAUGGAAGCGCAAUUGGGGCGGGCGAAGAAACGUAAACAGAAGCAAACGAAGCAGCCCUCCCCUCCCACUACCGGCCUGCCAGCCCCGCCGCAUCUGUCGUCGCCUGAAAGCGCGUACAGCACGGGAUAUUCUACAGAUGGCACGUCUCCUGGGACUCUUCCCGCUCCGCUCGCCGCUCCGCUUGUGGCUCCCCCGCCACCGCCUACGCCUCCGACCACACACCUAUACCACGAACCAGCUAAGCGGCGCUCCAGUGUACAAAGCCGCAAGUACAUCCCAGAACCCCCAGUAUGUGCAACUCCGUCCCCGCGGCCUCGAAGCAGGAUCCGCACCAACCCCUGGCUAGGGACCAACUCGCCAGCCUUGAGGAAGAAGCCGCUGCAUUUGCUGCAUCAGCACUCGCUGCAGAUACCACAGCAGCCGGUCCUACAUCAUGCUCCGUAUUCACUGGAUUCGCAUACUAAGUAUGGACCAAGAUCUCCACACCUAUCCCCUCACUUUUCUCCACACUUAUCCCCGCAUCUAUCCCCACACCAAUCCCCACGCAUGUCACCGCACAUCUCCCCACGCAUGUCUCCACGCAUGUCCCCACACAUAUCCCCACAUGUAUCCCCGCACGUAUCCCCACACUAUUCCCCCUGUCUAUCCCCUCGCAUAUCCCCUGAGUUGUACCGCUCGCCGUACUACAGAGGGGCCUCUAGUGACGAAGAGUAUCGGGGUAUAAGGCCUCGAGGGCAGGAAACGGCUAUUCUAUCGGAUGCGGAGGUUGAUUCGGAUGGAGAUACAGGGUUGGAUGGUGGGGAUGAGGAUGAAGCUGAUAGCAGUGCGUCACCGGGCAGGAGGCGCGCGAGGCGGCGUAGGCCACCGAGACGGCCUCCACGAUCUGCUGGAGCCACUCCACCACGCAUGCGGCGUCGCCAAGCGCCCUCCGCGCCUCCAGUUCGCGAGCGAGACCCUCUGCUAGAAGCUGAUAGAGAAGCAGAACGGAAAUACCGGGAACUAAUCAGAGAAGCAGAAAAAUUGCUCGUCACAGUAUCACGAGCGCCGAUAGAGCCUCCACACAACCCUAGAGUCGUGGAGCUUAGAGCCACUGAGGUGGACUGUCCGCGCCGCAGCCCGGAGCGCACGCACAUCACGAACUUCAUGCGCGCCAACUCCCCCGAGGCCCCCCGCCGGCACUCCCCCGCCCCGCGGCGCUCCCCCCUCGCGGCUCCCCCGCCCCGCGCGCACAACCCACCCUCUCCUACAGAUCGACCGCACUCGGAGCCGCCGAAACGCAAAAUGUACGCCCGGGAAGAGGUGUUACAAACCCUGGAAGGGCUGCGCAAGAGUCUGCAGCAGCAGUCCGCUUUAUUGGCGGUGCAGCGGACUCGCCUCGAUUCCCUCUAGUCGAUGUUUUCCAUUCCUUGCCAAAUAUUAGCGAAUUAGAUGGUUUUGUUUACAUAUCCAUGUAGAUACUUACUUGCAUCUAGUUUAUUGUGCUCAAAUCUUGUUUGUGUGUUUUUUUCAUGUUCACUGUUCAGAAUAUGCUCUCUAAGGAUGUACGGACGGAACAUGUGUUUGUGUAUCCUACAUGUUCCCUAAAAUAUUUUAUACAAUAUAACCUCAUAAAUAUUACUUAAUUCAUGUGUUUCUUUUUUCAAUAGUUCAUUUUAUAUUUGCUAAAUAUCUCGUUUUUAAAUAAACCUGUUCUUGCCAUAGUUCUUUGUUCUAAUUAUGCUAAAAAAUAUAUCUUAAUUAAGCAAGUUUCGUGUUGCACUGAAUACAUUAAUUAGCCUUAUUACCAUGAUUAAUGAUAACGGGACAUGACAUGUUUGAAUAAUUCAGUAAACACAUACUUAUUGAUUACAUAAUACUCUCUUUAUUUCUGAUGCUUUUAAUAUUAUGUCAAUUCUAUGGUACAUAUUUACAAACUCUAAUAAUUUUUGAAGUGAAACUUCUUUAUCGGGGUUGGAAAAAAAUUU